CACUAGGAGUGGAAAUAACAAAUACAGAAUAGAUAUCCACUUAGAUACAAAUAUGUCUUUGCGAAACAUUUACAUGGAAUCUCUAAUACUAUUAUUAAGUUACAUCUCGGUAUACGCUGUCCGUGAAAGGAUACCUUUGCCAAUCGUCUUUAUUGCCGACAAUGAUAAAUCUGUAAAUAUGACUAUGCAAAACUGCUCGGAUGUUUCACCUUAUAAUGAUUUACUUCAUAACACACGGCCAACUCGAUAUAUCAUAAAUUUCGAAAUAUAUUCAUCUGUUCUUACAGUCUACGGUACAACUAGAAUUAUAAUCGUUAUUGAAAAUCCAACUAGAGAUAUAAAUUUGCACGUUUCUGGAUUGUUUAUCAAAGAUCCGAUACAUCUAACUUUUGUACAUUCAGAAAUUGUAAACUACAAAUUAAGUGGUUACCGUUAUUGCAAACAAUCGCAGAUUUUAGAUUUGCAGUUUAAUAAAAUUAUAUUUCCCGGAAUUUAUAACUUAACAAUCUACACCGACGUUUAUGAUUAUCCUUGGAAAGGUAUAAUUCAAUAUGAUUACAAAGGAGAUGAAAUAGAUCAUGAAAAUGUAUGGUUAGCCAUCACGGAACUUAACAUGGCUCGGAGAGUGUUUCCAUGUUGGGACGUGCCCGGAUUAAAGGCAAUUUUCAAUAUAUCUAUUAAUCAUUCCAAGUAUUUUAUACCCUUCUCGAAUAUGCCUAUAUUAUUCACAAACAACUAUAGUACAGAUGCAUGCAGGACAUAUUUUUAUGAUACGCCGUUGAUAUCCCCUCUCAAUGUAUUCAUUGCUGUGCUUAAACACAACGACAAAUUUCAAACGAGAAACAUGUCUAAGAAUGACUUAAUUUGGUACAUAUCGCAACGGCAAAUGCUAGAAUAUGCAAUGAAUACAAUUGCACUUGACAAUUAUUUCUUGACGACUAUUACGAAUUUAACUGAUGUAUUGCCGAAAAGAAAUCACAUAUUCUUCCCAAAUAAUACAAUAAAGACAAUGGGAUCUAUCGGCCUUAUGAUAUACAGUGAAAAGGAUGUUCUAUAUAAUCGAGAUUUCGAUUUCCCUGGCCAGAAAGUUUAUAUCAGCCAAGUAAUUUCGCACCAAAUGGUACGUCAGCUGUUUACAGCAGUGGUUACUCAGUCUCGAUGGGCCGACCAGUGGAUAGGCGAAUCACUAUCGAAGCUUUACUGUCAUUAUAUGAUGGGCAAGAUUUUCAGCGAAACAUUUACAAAAGCAGACCAUUUACCAUUAAUACACCUCUAUGCAAUCCAAAUUCUUCAGACAACUCUUCACUAUGAAACUAACUUUCGGAUGAUAGCUCUUUCCGAAUACAGUGUACAGAUCGCGGAUGAAAUUGAUAUACUCUGUUCUCGUUGGUAUUACAAUAAAGGUUUUGCUCUUUUACGCAUGAUAGAGCAUAUGAUCACACGGGAUAAAUUUCAACUAGCGGUCGAAACAUAUUUGGAUAAAUUUAGGUUUCGUUCAACUACUCCUUAUGAUUUCUGGAUCACCUUUCAACGUUUACUUGAUGACACACAAAAUGAAAAGUUUAAAAUUAAAGAAAUUAUGGAUACGUGGUUAACUCAAAGAUACUAUCCUGUUAUGCAAGUCUUUCACGAUCGUGAAAAUAACACAAUGAUAUUAAAUAUCACUCAUAGUGUUAGCAUGACAAAAUCUACAUGGAUAGUACCAAUAACCUAUAUUUUAUAUCACUCCAUGGGUGAUAUCAUCAGUGAUAUUUGGAUAACAAGUUCUGACAUUGUAACUAUUAACCUACCGAUAGAAGAGAAUAUUAAUUUUGUUAUAUUUAAUAUAAAGCAUAAUGGUGAGUGUAUAUAUACCAUGUAAGUUCGUGACGUCACUUUAGAGCGAAAAACAACUUUAACAUAAUAUUGGGUAUGGGAGUAAGUUUCCGGCCUUUUGAGAAAGGUACUGUUAGUGGUACCAAUUU